UGGGGCUGAGAUGAUAUUAGCAAUGAGUGGUGCAACAAUGUCCUCGACAAUGUCCUCAUAAAAGAAGCUCAAAAGCUCUUCUUUUAUACAAGAUAUAGAAUAAGAAGAGGAAUGGAGCAAUUAAAAGGAACAAGAAAGAGACUAUCUCUCUUUUCUAAAGAAGCCAAGACUAUUUUAACUGAAGCUGCAAGCAGUUACUCUCUCCUUACUAGUGACCAAUCUCCUGACCAGCUGGGGGAUCUGUCUGUCAAAGAAAUAGAGAAAGAAGAGGUGGAAGAAGAGGCUACUAAUUCAGUUCAAUGUAGCUCCUGUCACGUGACUUUCUCUGACAGGGAAGAACAGGUAUUGCAUUACCAGUUGGAUUGGCAUAGACACAAUUUAAAGAGGAAAUUAAAGGGGCUGGCCCCUCCACUCUCACAGGAUGACUUUGAACACCUUUCCGGUGACUUGUCUAGUAUAUCAGGGUCUGAUGACACAAGCAGCGAGUCUGAAGAACAAGAAGGAGACACUCCCAUUGCUACAGUAGCAACAUCGGGCUCACCUUUACUGACUUUUACUGUCACUGGAAGAGAGGAUUUAAAGGAGACUUGUGCUAUAUACAAGACGAUACUGAUUAAUAAAAAGGAUGAGACUGUUAGUUCUAGUGAAGUAAUGGAGAAUUUGGUCAGGCUGGCCACUGAGCCACAAAUAUGGAUCGUACUAAUGAAAUCUGGAGGGCAUUUCGCAGGUGCCAUCUUUAAAAAUUCGGUGGUCUUAGAACACAAGACGUUUCAUCGUUACACGGUGAGAGCAAAAAGAGGAACUGUACAAUCAUCAAGGGACUCUCAUCAAGGAGGACACAAACCUCGCUCGGCUGGUGCUUCACUAAGGCGAUACAACGAGGCCGCUCUAGAACAAGAGAUCGAGUCCCUUCUGCUUAGUUGGAAAGAGCACUUCAAGAUGGCAUCUGCCAUAUUCACAAGAGCUCCUAGACAUAUUAAAAAUCCUUUUAGUAGCACUAGCAAGAACUCACCUAUACUUCCUGGAGAUCAGCGUGUUAAGUCAAUACCUUUUGCUACAAGACGUCCCACAUUACAUCAAGUUAAACUGGUCCACCAAACACUCUCUACACUUUAUUGUGGGCUCUCACCACCUCCCAUUACUACUAGUACCAAGAACACUGGUACCAAGAAUACUGGUACUAAGAUUACUGGUACCAAGAAUGCUUGCGUCAAGGAGACUCAUGUUGCACAUAGUAAAUGUGUUGCUGAAUCAUCAGGAAUCACAUGUACUAAUGAAGUUGUGACUAAUGAAGAGGUCAUUGGUGAUGGAGAAGAUGAGGAAAUAGAUCAAAACGAGGACUUAUUGUUAAAGACAAAGAAAAGAAGAAGAAGAAAGAAAGUGGAGAAGAAAGUUGAACUGGUAGACCCUCUAGUGGAAAGAUUGCAUACUCUUUGUCAUGGCAAUGAUAUGGAAUCACUAGUGACAAUGCUAAGAGAUAACAAUGUACAUUCAUUAACUGAUGUAUCAUCCACCAGUGAGACUCAUUCCCCUGAUACUCAAUCAACUAGUGAUCCUCUGCUUGAUAUCAAUGCUACCAUAUCAGAUUCUACCUGCCUUCAUGUUGCUUCAUCACUUGGCCUAAUUGAUAUACUGACAGUACUCAUGGAGCAUGGGGCAGACCCUACCAUUAAAGACGGAAAUGGUAAAACCCCGUAUGAGAUUGCAAUGGAUAGACAGACUAGAGAUGCUUUUAGACGUUUUAUGAACCAGUGGCCUCAGGCUCAUGAUUACAACAGUGCUCAGAUUCCCUGUCCACUGACAGGAGAGAUGGAAGCUGUUAGGAGAGGGAAAAAAGCAGAAAAGAGACGACAACAGAAAAAAGCUCAGAAAGAUAAGAAAAAGGCUGAGUCACUUAGUAAAGAGAUGAAGGCAACAGAAGAGUCACAGGCUAAUGCAGCUGUUAAUCUGAGUGAGAGGGAAAAGAGAGCAUUAGCAGCUGAGAAAAGGAUGGCAGCACUAGCAGACAUCGACCUAACAAAGUAUGGGAAGUGUGAUUGGUGUAGCUCUACUUUAUGUGGAGUUGUUCCUUUUGAAAGGCUCCAGCACAAGUAUUGCUCUAUUGACUGUGUUAGGGAGCAUAGGACAUUUUUAUCAGAGCAGAAAUUGGAAAAGUGAAAAACUAAUCAUGUUUUUAAUUUUUUUGUUUUGUGUAAAUUUAAAAUCAUUCAUUGGUUUUGUUUAUAAUCGUAUGAAUAAUGAA